AUGCUAGGCCGCCGCUGGAUGGUGAUUAUCGGCGCAACGAUCAUGAUCGUCGGCGUCAUCAUUCAGGUAUCUGCCAUGCCCGCGUCGCUGCCUCUCCUGCAAUUCAUCUUCGGUCGAGUCAUCACCGGCAUUGGCAACGGCAUGAAUACGUCGACUAUCCCUACGUACCAAGCGGAGUGUUCCAAAACGCAUAAUCGUGGUCUCUUGAUUUGCAUUGAGGGCGGCACUAUCGCUAUCGGCACGAUGAUCGCUUAUUGGAUUGACUACGGCGCCCACUUUGGUCCUCAGGAUUUGGUCUGGCGGUUCCCGAUUGCGUUUCAGGUUGUCUUUGGGUUUAUUAUCAUCGUGGGAAUGUGGUAUCUUCCUGAAUCGCCUCGGUAUCUCAUUGGACAUGGUAAGGUGGAUGAAGGCCAACGAGUUCUGGCUGCGUUGGCUGGGACUGAAAUCGAUCACCCACACACUCAAUUGGAAAAGAACCUGGUUCUGGACUCCGUUCGAGCGUAA